AUGUUCAAUGACUUGAGUACCAAAUACAAUAACGUAGCCAGCCAUAUGCGUCAGAUGGACGUUCAGAUCGCCCAGACAGCCGAGAGCGUUAAGAGGCAUCAAGGUACUCUACCUGGAAAGACCGAUAAAAGCCCUAAGGAAUGCAGUGCCGUAGCACUAAGGAGUGGAAGAAAUUUACUGGAUACAGUCCCUAAGAAGUUGUCAGCAGCGGAGAAGGGUAAGCAAAAGGAGGGUGAGCAACCACGAUCUGAAGCACCCCCUUUAUCUGACGAGGAACCAAAACAGUCUGGUGAGACUGAUCCAACCCCUGUCGCUACACCUGUUGAGCCUGUUCCUCCGCGUGAAUACACCCCUAAGGUUCCAUACCUUGUUCCAGCAAAGACAUCUCGCAAGGAUCGGGAGGAGACAAAGUGUAAAAAGAUGCUAGAGGAUCUAACUAUCAAGUUACCUCUUAUGGAUGCGAUCCAGAUGAUACCUUCUAUGCGCAGUUUGAUGAAAGGUUUGAUCUCUGGCAAGGUAACUGGUGAUAGUGAGCUAUUGAUGGUUUCAAAGGAGUGCACCGCGGUACUUAAGAACAAGCCGAUUAAGAAAUUGGAUGAUCCAGGCAAGUUUGUUCUCUCGAUACAAAUUGGGAGAACCGUGUUCGCUUAUUCUCUAUGCGAUCUGGGUUCAAGUGUCAAUCUCAUGCCUUACUCCGUGGAAAACGAUUGGGCUUCACGGACUUCAAACUGA